AUGAUCAGCCUAGUUAAAGCAAUCUUACCGAAUAAUGCAUUUGAGGCAAAUUCUGAGCACUACAACCUACUGAUGAAUGCUUGUACUAGGCACACCUGGAUUUGCUAUUCUGUAAAACACCCAAUUCUCCAAAUUGAUAAAAGAGAUUAUCGCUUACUUUCAUCACUCAAUGUCCCUUGUUUUUCAAGUCAUUACAUUUUAUUUAACGUUACAAUAAAUGCUUUGUGCGAGUUUAGUUUAUUACAAUGUAUGCAGAAACUACAAAUGUCCUAUCUACAGUCAUCUGCGGUGACCACUUCAAUGUUGAGUAACAACUCACUAGCACAAACUUGCAUAAUUGAGCACAAAAUUUGCCAUUUAUGUGGUACAUUUGACGAUUCAUUAGUAGGUCAUUUUCUUACGGGUUGGAAGAAGCCAGAUGAAGUAUUUGAGAGAAUCAGUGUUGUCGUAUGGAUUUUUAACACUCACACAUCAGAGCCAUGUUUCACCACAUUUACUUUCGCCUGCUCAUUAAAAUAUUUAAUAUUUUCAUGUCAUAUAAAUGAAUGUGGUGAGGUGGUUGGGGUAAACAUUCAACCUUCAAUGAAUCCACAAUACAAUACGGUAGUUCCAUUCCACAUGUGCAGUAUUUUUGACUCAACAAGUAUGCAUUCAAAUCUUUGCAAAGAAGUCAUUUAUGCAGUAAAAUUACUACAGGGAAGCAAUUUUUAUGUCAAUAACCCAUUAAACCCUUCGAAUGUAAAUCUCUCUGAUGGAUAUAAAUGA